UCUACUUGAAGUUGGCGUUUGCCGGCCUAGAUAGCCGGCGCGCGGUUGGUCUGGUUCUGUCCUACGUGGUUGUCUUGAGCUCCCAGAAACCUCCGGGACAACCUCAGCACUGACGUUCACCUCUCCCUGGGCUACCAGGUGCCCCCAGGGCUGAUUGGGGAAGAGCUCCGAGAGCUGUCUUCCUGAUGACCUCGCAGAGUCCAGCUGUCGAGCAGCUGGAAUUGAGUGGAGGGACACACGCGCCAGAGAACCCCUCUUUUUUGCCGAGUCCAGUUUAUCAUCUCGAAGCCCACCGGACUCCAGCAACUCCACUUUGACAUGCCGAGGCAAGCUGACUGGAGCUUGGGUGUCCCUCAAAUCCCAGUGUCCAGAGCAGGCCCACUGGAGUCAGCUAGGGUGUGGUCCACGAGGACUGGCAGGUUAUGCCUCCCCCUUGCUGCCCUGAAAGCCGCAGCAGCGACAGCGAAAAAGGCUAAGAUUUGGCCAUGAGCAGCGCCUGUCGGCACCCUGCCUCGGGCGCAGAUUCUUUGCAUUCGCCAGAGCCAGAGAGCCUGGUGUCCACGACGCCUGGGUUCCCUGAGCAGGAGGAAGAUGAGCUACACCGAACUCUAGGCGUGGAACGGUUUGAAGAGAUCCUCCAGGAGGCAGGCUCCCGUGGAGCAGAUGAGCCAGGCCGCAGCUAUGGGGAGGAAGACUUUGAGUACCACCGCCAAUCCUCCCACCACAUCCACCACCCACUGUCCACUCACUUGCCUCCUGAUGCCCGUCGCCGCAAGACUCCCCAGGGCCCAGGACGGAAACCUCGGAGGCGACCAGGAGCUUCUCCCACUGGGGAGACCCCCACUAUUGAGGAAGGAGAGGAAGAUGAGGAUGAAGCCAGUGAGGCUGAGGGGGUCCGGGCUCCCCCACAGCUGUCUCCUGCCUCUACACCCUCUUCUGUGCAGUUCUUUCUCCAAGAGGAUGAAGGUGCUGACCGGAAGGCAGAGAGGACCAUUCCAUCACCCCCUGCACAGCUGCCCCCCCAGGAGGCGGCUCCUCGAGUCACCAAAGGAGCCCAGACAGGAUCCGGAGAGGAGACAUUGCCAGUGGCCACUGGUACAGCUGGGGGUGAUGAUGGAGGUGCUGCAGGACGCCCCUUGACCAAAGCCCAGCCUGGACAUCGCAGCUACAACCUUCAAGAGCGGCGGCGUAUCGGCAGCAUGACUGGAGUGGAGCAGGCACUGCUGCCCAGGGUCCCCACUGAUGAGAGUGAGGCUCAGACACUAGCCACAGCCGACCUCGACCUCAUGAAAAGUCACCGGUUUGAGGACGUUCCUGGGGUGCGGCGGCACUUGGUGCGGAAGAAUGCCAAAGGAUCUACACAGGGUGCCCGAGAAGGGCGGGAGCCUGGCCCCACACCUCGGGCCCGACAGCGGGCCCCCCACAAGCCCCAUGAGGUGUUUGUGGAGCUAAAUGAGUUGCUGCUGGACAAAAACCAAGAGCCUCAGUGGCGGGAGACUGCCCGCUGGAUCAAAUUUGAGGAGGAUGUGGAGGAGGAGACUGAACGCUGGGGAAAGCCUCAUGUGGCCUCGCUUUCCUUCCGCAGCCUCCUGGAGCUCCGUAGGACCCUGGCCCAUGGGGCUGUGCUCUUGGACCUUGACCAGCAGACCCUACCCGGGGUGGCCCACCAAGUGGUGGAACAGAUGGUCAUCUCUGACCAGAUCAAGGCAGAGGACAGAGCCAAUGUGCUACGGGCCCUUUUGCUGAAACACAGCCACCCGAGUGAUGAGAAGGAGUUCUCCUUCCCCCGCAACAUUUCAGCUGGGUCCCUGGGUUCCUUGCUGGGGCACCACCAUGCCCAGGGGGCUGAAAGUGACCCUCACGUCACUGAGCCACUUAUCGGCGGUGUUCCUGAGACCCGGCUGGAGGUGGAGAGAGAGCGUGAGCUGCCACCCCCGGCCCCGCCAGCUGGCAUUACCCGCUCCAAGUCCAAGCACGAGCUAAAACUGCUGGAGAAAAUCCCUGAGAAUGCUGAGGCUACAGUCGUUCUUGUGGGCUGCGUAGAGUUCCUCUCCCGCCCCACCAUGGCGUUUGUGCGCCUGCGGGAGGCUGUGGAGCUUGACGCAGUGCUGGAGGUGCCCGUGCCCGUGCGCUUCCUGUUCUUGCUGCUGGGCCCCAGCAGUGCCAACAUGGACUACCACGAGAUCGGCCGGUCCAUCUCCACCCUCAUGUCUGACAAGCAAUUCCACGAGGCGGCCUACCUGGCAGAUGAGCGGGAUGACUUGCUGACUGCCAUCAACGCCUUCCUGGACUGCAGCGUGGUGCUGCCGCCCUCGGAAGUACAGGGCGAGGAGCUGCUGCGUUCUGUCGCGCACUUCCAGCGCCAGAUGCUGAAGAAGCGUGAAGAGCAGGGCCGCUUGCUGCCCCCCGGGGCUGGGCUGGAGCCCAAGUCUGCCCAAGAUAAGGCGCUCCUGCAGAUGGUAGAGGUGGCAGGCACAGAUGAAGAUGAUCCCCUUCGGCGGACGGGCCGUCCCUUCGGGGGGCUGAUCCGUGACGUGCGGCGCCGCUACCCCCACUACCUAAGUGACUUCCGAGACGCGCUUGACCCGCAGUGCCUGGCUGCCGUCAUCUUCAUCUACUUUGCUGCCCUGUCUCCUGCGAUCACCUUUGGGGGCCUGCUAGGAGAGAAGACACAGAACCUGAUAGGAGUGUCUGAACUGAUCAUGUCCACAGCCCUCCAGGGCGUGAUCUUCUGCCUGCUGGGGGCUCAGCCGCUGCUGGUGAUUGGCUUCUCCGGGCCCCUGCUGGUCUUUGAAGAGGCUUUCUUCUCGUUCUGCAGCAGUAACCAGCUGGAGUACCUGGUGGGCCGCGUGUGGAUCGGCUUCUGGCUGGUGGUUUUGGCCUUGCUCAUGGUAGCUCUGGAGGGGAGCUUCCUGGUCCGCUUCGUCUCCCGCUUCACCCAGGAGAUCUUCGCCUUCCUCAUUUCCCUCAUUUUCAUCUAUGAGACCUUCUACAAGCUGAUCAAGAUCUUCCAGGAGCACCCUCUCCACGGCUGCUCAGUCUCCAACAGCUCAGAGGCAGAUGGCAGCAGUGACAAUACAACUUGGGCAGCAGCCACACUGGUGCCAGGCAAUGGGAGCUCAGCCGAACAGUCUGGGCAGGAGAGGCCCCGGGGCCAGCCCAAUACGGCCUUGCUGUCGCUGGUGCUUAUGGCUGGCACCUUCUUCAUUGCUUUCUUCCUGCGCAAAUUCAAGAACAGCCGUUUCUUCCCUGGCCGGAUCCGGCGGGUGAUUGGGGACUUUGGGGUACCCAUCGCGAUCCUCAUCAUGGUGCUUGUGGAUUACAGUAUUGAGGACACAUACACCCAGAAGCUGAGCGUGCCCAGCGGAUUCUCAGUGACAGCCCCAGACAAGCGGGGCUGGGUCAUCAAUCCCCUUGGAGAGAAGAGCCCCUUCCCUGUGUGGAUGAUGAUAGCCAGCCUGCUGCCUGCUGUGUUGGUCUUCAUCCUCAUCUUCAUGGAAACACAGAUUACCACGCUCAUCAUCUCCAAGAAGGAGCGCAUGCUGCAGAAGGGCUCUGGCUUCCACCUGGACCUGCUGCUCAUCGUGGCCAUGGGUGGUAUCUGUGCCCUCUUUGGCCUGCCCUGGUUGGCUGCUGCCACCGUCCGCUCUGUCACUCAUGCCAAUGCACUCACUGUCAUGAGCAAGGCUGUGGCACCUGGAGACAAACCCAAGAUCCAGGAGGUCAAGGAGCAGCGGGUGACAGGGCUCCUGGUAGCUGUGCUUGUAGGACUCUCCAUGGUUAUUGGGGACCUGCUUCGGCAGAUCCCCUUGGCUGUGCUCUUUGGAAUUUUCCUGUACAUGGGAGUCACUUCCCUUAAUGGGAUCCAGUUCUAUGAGCGGCUGCAUCUGCUGCUCAUGCCACCCAAACACCACCCAGAUGUCACCUAUGUCAAGAAGGUCCGCACCCUGCGGAUGCACCUGUUCACCGCCCUGCAGCUACUCUGCCUGGCCCUGCUCUGGGCCGUCAUGUCUACGGCCGCCUCCCUCGCCUUCCCUUUCAUCCUCAUCCUCACAGUGCCACUGCGCAUGGUGGUGCUCACCCGCAUCUUCACAGAGCGAGAAAUGAAAUGCCUGGACGCUAACGAGGCCGAGCCAGUGUUUGAUGAGCGCGAGGGUGUGGACGAGUACAACGAGAUGCCCAUGCCCGUGUAGCUGCUGCCGGGAGGCCUGGCAGAGGGACUCAUGGGCAGGGGGCAGGGGCUGGGGCUCUCCUCCCCCUCCUCAUUUUUUAUUUAAGUGAAUAAUUUAAAAGCCUCUUUCUCCCUACCCUUGCAGUAAAGUGCUUUGGCCCCCACCUA